AUGUCGACAAUUAAUCGUAGUGUUCGUACUGCAUCAAGAACUUUCCGACUCCCAGCCCAAUCACGAAACCUCAGAAUCCCAGUCUCAUUGAAAACUCGAGCAAACUUCGGAGCUUCACCAAGAACACCAUUAUCCUUCAAACAAUUCUCCACCAUGUCUCCUUUACAAUCUGGGGCCCCGCCACCACCCCAAGCUCGAGAGUACGAUCCUGAGAUCAAGGACAUCGCCAGCUAUGUUCACAAUACCCCAAUUAACUCUGAUCUUGCCUUCGACACAGCUCGAUUUGUUUUCCUCGACACUCUAGGAUGCGGUCUCGAGGGUUUACGAUUUAAAGAAUGUACAAAGUUAUUAGGUCCAAUUGUUGAAGGAACUAUCGUUCCUAAUGGCACAAAGGUUCCUGGUACCCCAUUUCAGCUCGACCCGGUCAAUGGUGCUUUCAAUAUCGGUGCUAUGAUUAGAUGGCUCGAUUACAAUGAUUGCUGGUUGGCUGCAGAAUGGGGUCAUCCUUCCGACAACUUAGGAGCAAUUCUCGCGGUUGCGGACUGGAUCUCUCGAACAAACAGAGCUGGAGGAAAUCUCGGCAAUGGCAAGAUUAUAACUAUCAAAGAGGUUUUAGAGGCUAUGAUUAAGGCACAUGAGAUCCAGGGUUGUCUGGCGCUCUUGAACUCAUACAACAAAGUCGGUUUGGACCACGUUGUACUUGUUAAAGUUGCUAGUGCUGCUGUCGUUUCCAAAAUGCUGGGUUUGAGCGAGAAACAAACUGCAGAUGCCGUUUCGCAAGCUUGGGUUGAUGGACAGAGUUUAAGAACAUACAGACACUCUCCAAAUACCAUGUCAAGAAAGUCAUGGGCUGCUGGUGAUGCUUGCCAGCGUGCCGUAAACUUGGUCUUGAAGGUUAUGAAGGGUGAGCCUGGCGUUCCUACUGUUUUGUCCGCUCCAGUAUGGGGUUUCUACGACGUUCUCUUCAAGGGAAAUAAAUUCGAAUUUCAACGACCAUAUGGUAGCUAUGUUAUGGAGAACGUUUUGUUCAAGGUAUCUUAUCCAGCCGAGUUUCACUCCCAAACCGCAAUUGAAGCCGCGAAGCGUAUUCGUCAGCAAUUGGUAGACCAAGGAAAAUCUGCCGCUGAUAUCAAGGAGAUCACCUGUCGAACACACGAAGCUUGCAUUCGUAUCAUUGACAAACAAUUCAAGCCUAUGGACAACUUUGCCGAUCGCGAUCACUGCAUUCAAUAUAUGGCUGCCGUUAUGCUCGUUUUCGGCCGUCUUGAGGCUACAGACUACACCGACGGGGGGGAGGCUGCCACUUCUCCAUUGGUUGAAUCACUUCGACAAAAGAUUACCUGUGUCGAAGAUCCACAAUUUACCAAGGAUUACCACAAUGAGAACAUGCGAACCAUUCCAAACGCAUUGACCGUCACAUUGAACGAUGGACAAGUUCUGGAAGAGAUUGUUGUAGAUGCACCAUUGGGUCACAGAUUGAGAAGAGAGGAAGCCAAGCCAGAAAUUUUGGCCAAAUACAAGAGACAUUUGGGACCACAUUUCAGUGAGGCUAAGGUCAAGGAGUUGGUUGACCUAGGUAAUGACGCCAAAAGACUUGAGGCAAUGGCAGUCGAUGAGUAUGUUGACUUGUAUGUGAGCAAGGACAGCAAAUUCGUUUAG